CUCAGCGCUCGCCCAGCCCCGCCAGGGACGCACGGGCAGACGGCGCCGCGGGGGCAGAAUUUGGGAUCCUUGCUGCGGAGAGAGACGAGCUGGCUUCAGGCUGCCCUGCAGGGGUUCUGCAUGAGCGUUGCAAAGAUGUCAUGGCACCCUCAGUACCGGAGUUCCAAGUUCCGCCAUGUGUACGGCAAGCCUGCUAGCAAGGAGAAGUGCUACGACUGCGUCCCCAUCACCUGCAGUGUGCACGACAACCACUUCUGCGCUGUCAACCCCCACUUCAUUGCUGUUGUGACAGAGUGUGCAGGGGGUGGGGCUUUCCUCGUGAUACCCAUCCAUCAGACAGGCAAGCUUGAUCCUCACUACCCCAGGGUGUGCGGGCACAGAGGAAAUGUCUUGGACAUCAAGUGGAGCCCCUUUGAUGACUUUGUAAUCGCUUCCUGUUCUGAAGAUGCCACUGUGAAAAUCUGGGACAUCCCCAAACAUUUACUAACAAAGAACAUCACCAGCGCAAAGAAGGAGCUUUUGGGUCAUGCUCGAAGGGUGGGACUCAUUGAAUGGCAUCCUACGGCCAGCAACAUUAUCUUCAGUACUGGCUAUGAUUAUAAGAUAAUGAUCUGGAAUCUCGACACAAAGGAGCCCGUAAUUGAAAAUCCGGUGAAGACAAUCAGCUGUCACAGGGACGUGAUCCUCUCCAUGUCAUUCAACACAGACGGCAGCCUGCUAGCCACUGCCUGCCGGGACAGGAAAAUACGGCUCGUGGACCCACGGUCAGGAGCCAUCCUACAGGAAGCCAGCUACAAGAAUCACAGAGUGAAUAAAGUUUUGUUUCUAGGAAACAUGAAAAAGCUGCUCUCUACUGGAACAUCCCGCUGGAAUAACAGGCAAAUUGCACUAUGGGAGCAGGGUGAUCUUUCUGUGCCUUUGGUUGAGGAGGAUCUGGAUGGCUCUUCGGGGCUGCUGUUCCCAUUCUAUGACUCUGACACUCACAUGCUGUAUGUGGUGAGCAAGGGAGAUGGGAACAUACGAUACUAUGAAAUAAGCGCUGAGAAGCCGUACCUGAACUACCUGAUGGAAUACCGCUCCCAUCUACCACAGAAAGGAAUUGGAAUCAUGCCGAAGAGGGGCCUUGACGUGUCGGCCUGUGAAAUCUUCCGGUUCUACAAACUGAUCCCAGGCAAAAGCCUGAUUGAGCCCGUCUCUAUGAUUGUUCCUCGCCAGUCGGAGUCGUACCAGGAAGACAUCUACCCGAUGACAGCUGGAGCCCAGCCAGCACUCACGGCGCAAGAAUGGCUGAAUGGAAUUAAUAAAGGUCCUGUCCUGGUAUCUUUGAGACCAGGCUCUGAAAUCCUGAAUUCUCUGCCACAAUUUCCUGAGAAAGAACCAUCACCACUGUCCACAGAAUCAAACUGGUACCAGGACAGGACAGAAAGAAUGGCAAUGAAGGAAAUUCAGAAGCAAAGUGGGAUCCAAGAAAAGAGAGGCCAGAAAAAAGUGGAGGAAAGAUCGCAGGGAGAUCGACAAAUGCAGCUUUCAAAUGGCUUGGACUUAUUCGAGUGUCCUCCACCCAAAACCGAGAAUGAGCUGUUGCAGAUGUUUUAUCGACAGCAGGAAGAAAUCCGGAAACUGCGAGAGCUGGUUAACCAGAGGGACAUUCAAGUCAAACAGCUAGAACUGGAGAUUAAAAACAUCCGCAUGGACUCGGGCAGAUACUGAGGUGACAGGCCCACUCUGCAGCCAUGGCAUGCACUGUGCCUGCAGCAGACACCCAGAUGCCUCAUGAGAAUGACUUGUUCUAUGUUUUGCAUUGGGAAAAAGGAGGUGAAUGCAGUGCACACUUCCCUUGGCCCUGAUGGCCAUCUGCCUGCUGUCCUGGGUGCUGCGUGUGGAUCUGCUUGGCUGCCCUACAAUGUACUGCCAGCCAGUUCUCUCACUGCAGGGGAUUCCAGGUUAAAGGUACUUCCAGAGCUGCACCAAGUCUGAAGAGACUGAGGCUGGAACAGUGCAGGAAAGGCUCUGGUCUGCAGCCUCCAUGUGACUCCCCUGUGCACCACAAGGGCGCUGGAGCAGGGCUGGCCGGGCUCUGGUUUGCAGCCUCCUUGUGACUCCCCUGUGCACCACAAAGGGCUGGAGCAGGCCUGGCUGGGCUCUGGUCUGCAGCCUCUGUCUGACUCCCUUGUGCACCACAAGGGCGCUGGAGCAGGGCUAGCCAGGCUCUGGUCUGGAGCCUCCUUGUGACUCCCCUGUGCACCACAAGGGCGCUGGAGCAGGGCUGGCCGGGCUCUGGUCUGCGGCCUUCGUCUGACUCCCCAGUGCAUCACAA